AUGCGGUCCGCGGGCGGAGGCGGCCGCAGCAAAGCGGCCACGUGGAAAAGGAGAUCCGGCCGCCGGGUGCUAGUCUCGAGCUCCCCUGCGACCGGAAAAAACACACAAAGGACCGCCGAAGAUGAACUCUGCGUUCCCGGAGCUCGGGGAUUGAAGGAGGCAGAUGCAGUCAGCCUCCUGAAGCCCCCAAACAGCGCACACCGACACUGCCAGACAUAA